GGGGUGUCGCCCACUUGGGGAAGGAAGGCGGAACACAAAAUGCCAAAUAGAAAGAACUACAAAAUAAUCCACUCGUUUCGUCGAGCGCAAACACAAACACAAGCAAUGUCCCCGGGGGCGUGGCCGAAGGGGGGGUCGAUAACUAAAUCAGUUAAGCGAGCGGGAGAGCGAGAUAGAGAAAGAGAAAGAGAGGAGGGAGGAGAGAGGAGAGAGGAGAGAGCAGUUGGCCAUUGUUGCUUUUGUGGCUGCAUUGGCGUCCAUCGGAGGUCGCGCUGGGUCCACCACAUCGCCACACCGCCCCUCUGCCACUCCCCAUUUCCUUUGGCGUUUCAAUGAUUCGUUUUGUUUUAUUUUUAUUUAUUUUUUUUUUUUUUUUUUUACUUUUGCGCUUUUGCAUUUUGUUUUGGUUUCAUGGUUUAGUUCGUAUUUCUCUAGACUGCAAAAUUAUUUAUGCAUUUUGCAUUUUGUCUCUCUUUUUUUGCGUCGAGCGCUUAUUAGUUUCAAUUUGCUUGCGGCGAAAGUUGUUCGCCAACAAGUCGAACAAAUUAAAUAAUUUAACGCAAAGAAAGUUGCUCAAAUGGGCAAAAACAAGGGUGGAGGCGGUGGUGGAGGCGGCGGCGGUGGCGGUGGCACUUCCGGUGGUGGCGGCGGCGGCAAUAAAAAAGGCGGUGGAGGCGGAGGCGGUGGCGGAGGCGGCGGUAAAAACAAACCACCAAUUCCUGCGGCUGAUAAAGGUGGCAAGAAAGGAGCGGAUCAAAAGGCAGGCGGUGGCGGCAAGAAGGGUGGCAAAAAAUAGCCCUUGGGGGUGUGCCGAAAUACAAAGCGCAUUAAGUUACAAUAUAAGAAUAAAUAUGCCACUAUAUUUUUAAGAUGUAUUCAAAGGGGAGCUUAUAAAUGAAGAAACAGUAGUUGAAUAACGAUA